AUGCACGCCCAGACAGACGCAUGUGAGAGGACUCCUGCACCUUGUACCAGGGCAGGAAGCUUCAUUGAGCAUGUGUGGUGCAAUGUUGAUAGCUUUGGCGGACCCCCUCCAUCCAAGCUGCUGUCCAGCAAUCCCUCAGAUGUCAGAAGUUGGAGCCAAACCCCAGUGCCGCACCUUUCCAGCCAAAGAGAGACUGUGAACAUCUCAGUAAACAAACUGAAGACAAUCUUGAAGCCAAUUCCGCCAAAGGAGUACAAUGGAUCUGCUGAUGUGGUAGCAUUCCACCAAUUUGUGAAAGAAGGAACAGCUUACCUAAAGCUUGGCCGUGUCCCUGCUGAUGAAAGACCGUUCUACUUGUCUUAUUUCAUGUCUAGCCAUGCACGUGAGUUCUACAAUAGCCAUGUGGAAAACAAUGAACACAUCUGGACCUUGUCAGACUUCUUCUGGGGUCUAUUCAACUUCUGUUUUCCUGUGAACUUCCUUGAGAAACAGCGCUCAAAAUUAGAUGCGUGCAAGCAAGAUGACAAAUCUGUAUUAGUCCAUAAGGCCAAGUGGGAGCAGAUCUUCAAUACCAUCAGUCUGGAAGCAAACCAGGAGAAAGCUGUGAUGUUUUGCCGCAGCUUGAAGACAUUGAUUUGCAAGGAAAUGUUCGUGCAAAUCUGGAUCCCGAAACAUUGA